AUGUCUGGAUUCUCAUCAAGUCUUUGCUUCUCUUUGCUUCUGGGCCUGGGCGUCACCGCGUCCAAGGGGUUCCACCAGCGCCAGAUCACCACGACCUCAGCACCCACCAGCACGCCAACCCUGUCCACAGUCACCAUCUCCUCCACCGUUUGCGUGGCUCCUGCAACCGCCACCAUGUCCUACUUCCAUUGGUUCAACUCAUCCCACAACCUGGACUGCGAUAACGCCAAUUUUCCUACUGGCUCCAAGGUCUGCUGGAAUGGAGAGACGGACACGCUCUGCGAGACGGCGGAUCCUUGUAUCUGCACUGAUUUCUGCGACGUUGGCCUUCCGUUGGUGGCGUACCAGCCGUACGGAUGGGGACCUCCUGACACUCUGCAGAUUGGGUUCAAUGGUGUUCCUGGGGAGCCCUCGGGUUGUGUAGCAUCAAAUCCGACCAAUGCAGGCCGCACCUGGGAGCUCGGUGAGGGCCAUUUUGACUGUGGAUACGGGCCGGAUAUCAUGGGAUUUUACGGAGACUCGAAUGCGGACAGUGGGAAUAAUGGAAGUGUCUAUUUCAACAAUUACAGCUUGCCUUGCAACUUCUAUUAUCCGCAAUACACGGCUACUUUCCCACUGAGCUGUACCAGAGAUGAGCAGAACAACGCUACGUGCGUUGCACCUGUGCCAGUUGUUAUGACGCUGGCAGGAUGGGCUUGA